AUGGAGCUCAAUGAAGUGGAUGAUACCAUUGUGAAAGUGUUGGACACCGUGAAGGUUUUUGGCCGCACUAGGAUUUGUGGACGGCGUGGAGACACCACUGGUCUCAAGCUGUUCAUACUAGUUGAGACUAGAAGUGACAUUGACCCUGAUAGUGUACCCCCUGAAAUAGGCAUUGAUGGAGAAGCAGGGCCCUGGACUGUGCACUUAGUUCAGAGUCUUGUUGUUGCACGUCCUGAUGCAGACUUUCAGGCAAAGUUAUUGGCCCUACUCCACCAAGAGGGUAAAACCCUGGAGGACAUUAGGUCCAUUGUGUCUGACGAACCACCUCCAAAACCAGAUCUGAACACAGAUUUAGUGAAUGCUAUUGGCAGGCUGGUUGACAAGUGUUGUCAGGGACCCGCUGAUGGUCCUGGUUACAGAAAGCUGAGGUUGUUUUCUGGUUUGAAACCUGUUCCCGCAGGUGAAGAGGAAUAUGAUGCCUGGAUGGAGCAGGCCACUCAAAUGAUAAGUGAGUGGCAGUGUAGUGACGCAGCUAAGAAGCAGCGCAUUGUUGAGAGUUUGAAGGGACCUGCUGCUGACAUUGUUAGGUUCCUGAAGGUCAGUAAUCCCUCUGCUACCGCCACAGACUACUUAGUUGCACUGGAGACAGCCUAUGGUACUACAGAGAGUGGGCCAGACCUCAUGGCGAAGUUCAGGCACACUUAUCAAGAAGAAGGAGAAAAAUUGUCUGCCUUCCUAUACCGGCUGGAUAAGCUACUCCAUCGAGCAUUACUGAAAGGUGGCGUUGAGUCUGCAGGCAUGAACAGAGCACGGAUGGAGCAGCUGGUUAAAGGUGCGUGGACCACUGACAUGGUUGCUUUACGUGUUAGAAUGAGCCACUCUCUGCAGAACCCCCCCUCUUUUUCCCAACUGAUGAAAGAAGUGAGAGAAGAGGAGAACUGGAUCAGUGGUCGAGAGAGUGUGAAAACAACAGCUAAAGUUAACACGUCAAUUGUUCCUGAUGCAUCCACAGUUUCUGGACUGGAUAGUCUGAAACGAGAAGUCAAAGAGCUGUCUUCACAGGUGUCUAGACUACUGAGCGUAGCUACUGUGACUUCUAGCCCUGACGUGUCAAAGACCCAGAUGCGUGUGUCAGAGGUUGCUACUCAGAGUGCCCCACCUAAAGUCAAAACCUCUAAGUCCCCCACAUCAGACAUCUUUUGUUACAAGUGUGGUGAAGACGGGCAUGCAAGGAGAGAAUGCCAAGGCUCUGAGGACCUGAGAAAAGUAAAUCAAAAACUGAUGAGAAUGCACAAGAAACAGGGAAACUCUGCAGGAGCUCGGUGA